UUUGCUCUGUGUUACAGUACUUUUAUCAAAUUUACUGGACCUUCCAACUGUUCCAACCUAAUUUAACCCCGUUUCACUUUUUCACUGUAAAUAAAUGCUGUGUUCACUUGGAGCUUUGCCACAAAGCUUGUUUUCAACAUCUUGGAUGAGCAGGCAUUCCCUCCACUUGCGACAGACCUUCUAUGCUCUUCUUCACCAUUACUCAGCUGUGAACUCGGGUUCCUGGCUUCUUCCACCUGCUCUACAAAUCAUCCGAAGCAGCUCACAUAUGGAUGUGGAUGGAGAAGAGGUCGGGUGUUGAGCUGAAUAUGGAACCACAGGAAGGAGGGGGCCUGAAGGAGCUGGUGCUUCGAUGGUUUACUGAGACACAGGCACCGCUCAUCCAGCACAAUGGAAACUUCCCUGACUGGUUUCAAGGUCUUGCUACAAGAAAGGAAGCAGAGGAUCUACUGAGGGAUAAAACUAUGGGAUGUUUUCUCAUUCGUCUCAGUGAUAAAGCCUUUGGCUACAUCCUGUCCUACAAGGGUAAUGACCGGUGCCGCCAUUUUGUUAUCACCCAAAAUCAAGAUGGACAUUUUAUCAUAUCAGGAGACUCUCAGACAUACGGCAGUCUCACCGAGCUGAUCCAACACUACAAGGUCAGCGCCAUCCAGCCCUUUGGAGAAUAUCUGACCUCCAGCUGUAAUGAGGUGGACACAAAUGAACUGUAUGAUGUGGUGAACUAUAACACCAAACAGAUGUCUGGGGUGAGCGUGCAGGCACUGCGGACUCUGUGGGAUCAGAAAAGUGAUCAUCACAGCCAUAUGGGUACUAAUCAAAGGAUUCAGCAGCAAAAUGACCCUCCUGCAGUGCAGCCACCCAUACUACCACCCAAAUCCACAGCCAGAAAGCUGACGGGGACGGUGUCUGUGGAUGCAAUGUCUCUUUCCCAGGGUAUGCCUCCAGGACCAAAAAGAGGGAUUCCUCUAGGAUUUACCCUGAGUGGUUCCUUGCCUGAUACAACUUCACAUCCAAUGAAAUCCCAGAUGGACGCAUACAGAGCAGACGGAAUCAUGGCAAACACAAAUUCAGCAGUAAUGUCUAACAAAGACUCAGUUGAUGCAACUGACACAAUGUAUCCUGGUGAUCUUUUUCCUGGCAUCACAACCUCUCAGUCGACACAGGUAGAGAGCAGGAGCAAAUCCCUACCACAACUGGACAACAACACCACAGAGGAGGAGUACUCCAACCAGCUCAGCAGCCUAUCUCUGACAUCGCCUGUCCCAGUAAAGAAGGUUACCUGCCAAACCUAUUCUCUCCAUGCACCCCAUGAAAGCGUGAUCAGGUCAGAGGAAGGUGAUCAGGAAAUAUCAAGAUCCAACCCUCUGUACCAGACCUCUGAGGGGUCUGAAAGCCAUUCAACCCAGCAAGGAGAUGACAUGUAUGCUGAGGUUCCUCCGGCGACAACUCCUGCUAGGCUGCGAGAUGACACCUACGAGCAGAUCCCUGGUGAGGCAGCCACUGUUCAAGGCAACACUUAUGAGACACUGGAUGACAUGAAGACCAAGAAGUCAAAGUCCACCUGGAGUAAAAGUAAUAUGAAGUGGAAGAAAUUCCUACCCGACUAUAAGAAGAAAUAAAUGCAAAAUCAGUUGUGGAGAACCUCCUUACUUAAUAUAAAUGAGAUGAACAUUGCCUCCUCCGGUUAUUUGUUCUAAUAUGCAGAUGACUGUGUGCUGUGAGUGACUUAGGGAUAGCGAUAAAGUCAAGAUAGGAGGCUUAAAAAAAUCCUAUUUUACACAUAGGUAAGAUUAAGAAAAUCAAAGCUACAAAAACCCUGACCUGGACAGACGAAGCUUUUUUGGGACUGAAGGCCAAUCACAAAUGUUUUCAAAAUGGAUUGGUUUUGCCUGAGGUUGGGUCCUUGGAUAUGAACAAAGUCUCAUCUGUAGCACCUUCUGUUAAAUACUUGCAUUUUAUUGUUGACAAGAAUCUCAGCACUGCUGCCAUGGAUUCAAAUGGGCAAAAGGUUUGAAAUCAUUACGUUAGGUCUUGAUCUUAGCCCUGUUUUAACUCACAUCAUCAGAUCCUUUGAAUCUUCAUCCUCAAAUCAAACCUGAUCUCUUAAACCAAACUCAGGGCUGUAACACACAAAAACGUUUAUAAAUAUUCUUAUUUACUCACAAUUUAUUACAAUGAGUUAUUGUCAGCAGAUUAGACAAGUGGUCUCCUUUGUCUCCGACCAUUAUUGUGAAGCACUUUGUGGUUUUUAUCCUGUGUAGAGUGCUAUUUAAAUCAAUAAAGUAAAGUAAAGACCAACUGACAAUGAGGCUGCUGGUUAUGGGCUAACCACAUCACUAGUCACAUCAUGUCAGGAUUAAUUUUCUAGGUGUCGGAGUCAAACAAUGUUAGAUCAAAGUUUUAUGAAUGCCAGCUAACAGCAACAAAACGGCAGUGCUUACUGACAGAAAGAUUCAGGAUAUCCUGAGCAACUCAAUUCAGUAUUGUGAUCGGAUAGAAGUGAGCUCUACUGAUAGAUCCACCCAUCUUGGACAGAUUUCUCAGUUUUACAGCCUUCUCCAGAGUAAAUAGACAUAUUGACAUAGUAAACUUGGCUAUCUGAGUUUAAAUAACAAAUAUGUGAAAACAGUAUGCCACUUCCUAACCAAUGAAGAGACAACAUUUUUCAAAAGUGUAUCCGCUCCAAGAAAGGAGCCAAGAUGCUGAAACAAACUGAUACGUACUCGGCCCUGGAUCAUUAAGGGCAACUGUGCUGCAGUACGAGAUGAGACAACCAUACCUAAGUACACCCAGUACUUUGAAGAGCUUAGAAAUGCUCCUGUUGUUAUUUUUCUACGUGUCCUUUGGCAUCAGUGUCUUGACCCACUCACACCAGCAAUAAUAGGUUUAGGGAAAAGAUUGUGGUUUUAGGUAAAGUAAACUGACAAACAGCAGGGUAAAAAGUGAAGCCAGUGCAAAAUCAACAAAACUCCAAAUCCUACAGUGGGUGAUUUUAAAAAGAAGUUAGUUAGUCAGUAAAAAAUAAAUAAUAAAGUGUGCUAACACAGGUAGCUAUAGCUACUAGCUAUCUGCAGGUCUCAAUUCUUUAACUAUCUUUAAUUAUUGUUUUUUAUGUAAAUGGUUUACAGGCACCAUGAUACUGAAAAAUGCAGCCGAUUAACACUCUGUCUUACAUUCACUUGUUGGAAUCACUGAACUGAUCUCUUGGUCAUUUUUUGUGCUGUCUGGAAUUAGAUUUAUGCCAGUUACUAAUUAUUUAAUUUGUAAGAUGACCAUUCAUCUCAUAUAUUACUGAUAAUAUCCAUAUUUUCCAUAUUUUAUUUGUUGUUUGUCAUAACUUUGAUUUUUCUCUUUCUCAUCAGUUCAAAAAGUUGUGGCAGAUGUGAGUUUUCUCUAACCUGCUUCAAGUGCUUGCUCAUAGGUUAAUGUUGGGUCUUUCACUGUGUAAUAUAAAUUGCUUUUUGACAGUCAUCACUGUAAUAUUGUGCUAUAUGAAGAAAAUAAAACUGAAUUGAAUGGGUUUUUUCCACUGUAGUUAUAAAAGUUCACAUCUUUCUACAGUGGAUCACUGAAACCUGUUUUUUGUUGAUUAUUAUUUGUGUAGUUUGAUUAAACUGUCAAAUUCAAGUCUG